AUGACUUCCCCGGAGCCACCUCAGUUCGUCAUCUCUGGGGUUCACCAACUAAAUGACAGCGGAAAGAGGAUGUGUGAUAGCCUCAUCGCUUUGGUGCUAUUAUACAACGACCCCAGACGAACGAAGACAGAGGAGACCAUCGAUGGUCUUAUCACCAAACCAGAAAUUCAUGAUACUAUUCGCGACAACUUCUGGAAGAGAGUCUUCGCUGAUGGAUGGGCCACUGACAAGCCCAACGUUUUGAAGCCUACGUCAAAUAUGGAUGCAGGUGGAAAAUUGCCUAAACGUAUGGUCGAGCACGUCAUCGUUGGCGAGUUAUCAGAUACGAUAGACUAUGACGAGACAAAGGCCACGUAUCAGCGCACUGAGAUUCUCAUGGCAGCCAAACCGGAACCGGAAUUCAACAGCGAUUUUGUAGACUUUGUAUACUCCUACCAAAGCGGUUCAGUCUUCUCGACCUGCAAGAAGAGGCCCGUUUUCAAGAAAGACGCCAUGAACCAGCCCUCUCAAAUUCGGAACGAAAAGGUCAAAGCCAUUUGGGUUUGGGACAGAGCUCAAAUGCAAUGGCUUGGCGAAUGGAAUUACGAGAGAGCAACAUACGUGGCCCGACGCUAUCUAGUCGGCGUGGCUCGCGACUUUGGUGGGGAUGAAAACGGUGUCCUCAGUUGUGAAGAGCUUCAUCCAAUGGAGGUUCUACUUGAGAUGAAGGAUGAAGAAUUGGAAGUUCUGAUAGAAAUCCAAUCAAGCCGCGAGGUUCUUAAGAGGACGAGACUGAGACUGUUGGAUAAGGUUGCCUCAUUUCGUGGCGAAUAUGGCGAGGAUGAAGAGAACGGCACCAGGGGUAAAGCCUACGGCCUUACCCAUGAGUCAAAUGAGCCUGAUGAGAACCCAGAAGAGUUGGAGAGCCAGCUUCGGUGCAUCGAAGAGUUAGCCGAGACGACUAAGCUCCUAGCCAAGAUUGUGACGCUACCUCCUCCGGCCAACAUUUGGUAA